UAGUUCUAUACUGUGAACAAACAAAUAUAUUUUGAAGUUUUACUAAAUUUAACAAUAAAACAUGAUAUUAUAAAUAUCUCUUCAAUGCCCUGCAUAUAACCUCAAUAUUUAUUCCGGCUUAUUAUUUAUUCAAGUGUCAUUAUACACAUAUAUUAAAUAUCAAAAUGUCUGUUGACCAAUUAUGUAUUUGCACCGGGUGUAAUAUUAAUAUAUCUAAGAAAAGUGGUGCUAUCCAAUGUACAAUGUGUGAUAGUUGGUGCCAUCUCAAAUGUGCAAAUGUCAAUAAAGACGAAAUGAAACUAAUUAAGAACAACAGUAAACUUGGAUUCUUUUGUGGAAAUUGCCAAGAUGAUGACGAUGUAUCUUCUUCCAUAAACAGUAAAAAUUAAAUAAAAGCUAUACGUAAGGAAGUUAAAUCUGGGUUUGAGGAAAUAAAUAAAAAUUUUAAAAACAUGCUGGAACAAAUGAAUGCUACAUUUUCACUAAAGAUAUCUGAACUCAGAAGUGACAUAGACUUUUGUCACAAAAACAAUAAAGCUACAGAAUCUAAAGUCUCACAACUUGAAAUUGAUAAUAAUGUACUCCACAAAAGAUUAAAUAGAUGUGACAUUAUUGCCACAGGUAUGUCUCAUUCAAAUAAUAUUAUGGAGACAAUAAAAAGCCUUGGAGAGUUCUUAGACGUAACUAUAUCUGAUAAUGAUAUCCAACAAUGUUGCUUUAUUAACAAAAAAGGAAAAAUUUUAAUAAAGUUUAAUUCAGUAAAGAAAAAGGAUUUGCUUAUGGAAAAAUAUUUUAAAUAUGGAAAACUGAAAUUAUCUGAUUUUGUUAAAAACGAUGACAACAAUGAAUUAUGCAACGAGAAUGAUAAAAGUAUGGACGUACAAGAGAGUACUGAAAAUGAUAGCAAUGGUCAAAAUGUUAAUCGUAAACAAAAGCCGAAUAUUUGUGAUAUAAAUUCUAGGGUUUAUCUUAAUGACAACCUUACGCCCAUUGAACGAAAAUUAUCGUACUUUUGUCGUAAAUUGAAGAGGACUAAUAAAAUAUCAAAAUUCCAACUACUACAUAAUAAUAUUCCUAAAGUAAAAAUUGUAAUGCCUGAUGGAUCAAAUAAAUACUUUUCAUUUUGGGAGUGCUAUGAGGAAUUUAGGGAAGAUGCUCAACAAAAUUAAUUAUAUAUUACCAAUUAGAUCUUAUAUUCUUUAUUAUUUUUUUUACCUAAUUUAAA